CUAUGGUCUUUGCAUCGUCACUUGAAAAACGCAAGUCAUUCAAAAGGCAAGACACUAUUUCCACACACUGUAGAAUUAAUGUAACCUAUCCAUUAGAAAACCAACUUAUCAAGGUUGAUGAAACAUCUUGGGUUAUUUGGAAUACCACUUCUUGUGGUGAUUUGACUUAUAACACAGUUGUUCAAGUUAUAAUCUAUGGUUGGAAUGUUACAACUGAACCACCGUGGCCAAUCGUUUAUACAGAUACUGCUUACUAUGGAGUUGGCUAUGUCGAAUUUAAGCCCCAAGUAUCAUGGUCAUACGAAGAAAAUUAUAUCGCAAUGGUCUUUCCGGUUGAUACUGUGGGUUUAUCUGGAGUCUUUUAUCUUGAACUUGAUGAUUAA